CGUGGCUUUAUAGAUUCAACGCUGCCGUCUCCGUUUCCCUCCACUCCUUCGUCGUUGCUUCGCCUUGCGGAGGAGCGGCGACAAGUAGAGGAGGCGUCGGUGGGGCGAUCGAUGGCGUUCCAAAACCACCUCUCCGACGAGCUGGUGAUGCCGCAGUACGUGGAGCAGAAGCUGGCGGCGGGCACCCCUGCGAUGCUGAGGAAAGCCAUCGACCAGUUCACUGCGGCUCAAAAUUCCGCCGGCGCCUCAUCGAGCGAGGAGGAAGACGGUACCGGGGACGGAAAUGAUUUCCACCGCCUAAUGGAUGGCGUCGGGAAGCCUGCCUUAGCCGGCGGGAGCGGCCCGACUUGGCUCAAUAGCGCAAUUCUCCAGCAACAUGGACAUGGGAGCUUCUUGCAUCUCCAGACCGCUCCUGAGGCGGAUCCUUUGCCAGGAUGGCGCGGAGGGGGCGAGGGGUACUGGUUCCCCUGGCCGCCAAUCCUGCGAAGCAGCGGGGGAGAGGAGGGGGAGGAAGUUCCGGUGUCGAGCGACUCCAUCGUGGCAGCGGCGAUGUCUUCGGGCGGCGGAGAAGGGAGCGGCUUGCGCGAGAUCGGCGAGCCUGAGGCGAGGGGGAACGGCGGCGCCACCGCGGAGGGGACGUGGCAGAAUGCGAGGUGCAAGGCGGAGAUAUUGGCGCACCCCUUGUACGAGCAGCUUUUGUCGGCACACGUCUCUUGCCUGAGGAUCGCCACGCCGGUGGACCAGCUGCAGAGGAUCGAUGGCCAGCUCGCGCUGUCGCAGCAGGUUGUGUCCAAGUACUCGGCGCUCGGCGGUGGCCAGAUGAUAGGAGACAACAGGGAGCUCGAUCAAUUUAUGACACAUUACGUCUUGCUGCUUAGUUCCUUCAGAGAACAACUACAACAACAUGUCCGUGUUCAUGCUAUGGAGGCAGUGAUGACUUGUUGGGAGCUUGAACAAUCACUUCAAAGCCUCACAGCAGGAGUCUCUCCUGGUGAAGGCACAGGAGCAACUAUGUCCGAUGAUGAGGAUGACCAAGAAGACGGUGACACAAACUUGCUCGAUGGAAGCUUGGACGGACCAGUGUACAGCAUGGGCUUUGGCUCCCUUGUUCCGACAGAGACCGAGCGAUCCUUGAUGGAACGUGUCAGGCAAGAGCUUAAGCAUGAGCUAAAACAGGGUUACAAAGGCAAGAUCGUAGACAUUAGAGAAGAAAUUCUUCGUAAGCGAAAAGCCGGUAGACUCCCCGGGGACAGCACUUCCACAAUGAAGGCCUGGUGGCAAUCACACUCCAAGUGGCCUUACCCAACGGAGGAUGACAAGACACGACUGGUGCAAGAAACAGGGUUACAGUUAAAGCAGAUCAAUAACUGGUUCAUCAACCAGAGAAAAAGGAAUUGGCACAGUACUAAUCCAUCGUCGUCGAGCACCCUAAAAACCAAGCGUAAAAGGUAGGUGAUGAGAAUUUUGCUCGUAAUACGCAGUUGUAUUACAUAUAGGGAAAGCUGAUUAUCGAGCUAGAGAAAUGGAUGUUUGUUUCAUCAGUCUUGAUACAGAUAUCGAGCUCUUGGUAGAGAGAGGGUUCGAGGUGCCUUUCUUUCUCGUUUUUGUAUACUUUGAUGGUGAAGUGUAAGACUUGGUUUCUGUUUGCAUAUACAGAGAGGAUUCUCAGUCAAGAAACACAUGCGAAUGUACAGUUUAAUAAAGCGUUGCAGUGUUCUUCAACUAUUUCUCAUCUUUGUGACAAUUUUGAAUUUAGUGUUGGAGAUGCUGUUAGAGCUUUCUUAUGCUGUUUGGUUUCAGAAAAGCUAGCAGGGACCAUUCAAGAUUCGUUGGAAGAUGAUUUGGAGAUAUGUAUUGAAGAUAUGAUAAUUUUACAGUGUGUAUGUAUAUAUAUUUAUUUGAUAACAUUAUCCUUGUAAACACAUAUAAUGCUUAGUUAUUUAUUGAUAUUUUGAUGAA